UGUGAGCACUACUUCUCAACUCACCAGUUGGAGAGAAGUUUUGGUCUCAUGGAAGAUUGGUGUUUAAUAUGCAUGGUUAGUUAAAAGCAGCGGCUAGCUAACCGAAGACUGAAGGCAAAAUGUGCAAGGAGCAGAUUGUAAGCAUAUGCCUUUAUUGAUAAAAUGGCCGAAGCAAUCAUUUUGCCUAUGGCGAAACUCAUUCUGGGAAAGAUCGCUUCUGGUCCAAGUGAUCUUGUCUAUACAUAUGUUACUGAAGAGAUAAAAGGUGCAAAGUCAGCUAAGAAGGAUCUUAAGAUCAUAGCCGACAAAAUGGAGGCCAUUUGUGCUGUUCUUGAAGAUGAAGAGGAGGAGUUUUCCAAUAAGGCUAACAAAAUUUGGCUAAGAGAUCUCAAGAGUAUUGUUUAUGAUAUUGAUGACCUCUUGGAUGAAGUGGCCUUUGAUGCGUUGCAGCGCAGAGUUAAUCAAGGCUACUUUGGGCGCCAGCUCAGGUACUACCUUUCCUCUUCGAAUCCUCUCAUUUCACGCUUUGAUUUGAGUCACAAAAUAGAAAGCCUCCGUAAAAAGCUAGAAAUCAUAGUAGCUAAGAAAAAUGAGUUUGAUUUGACUAAACGUCCAGUUAAAGCCUCAAAGGUUGAGAUUAGGGAUCCUUUCGAUGAAUGUGAUUAUGUGUAUGAACCGGCUAUUAUUGGAAGAAAUGAGGCUAAGCAGGAUAUAAUAAGUAAACUGACAGCUCUUGGUGAUGCUAGUGAGCUGUCUGUUUUUUCUAUAGUUGGGAUGGGUGGGAUUGGGAAAACUGCAUUAGCUAAGUUGGUGCAUCAUGAUGUCCCUAACUUUGAUCUCAAGCUAUGGGUAUGUGUUUCAGACAAGUUUCACAUACCCAAGAUCAUAGAGGACAUUUUGAAAGCUGGUACGGGUGACAAUACACCAAACCAAGAUAUGAGUAUGUUGGUGAAAAAGCUCGGGAAUUUGUUGAAUGGAAAAAAAUACUUUCUUGUGUUAGAUGAUGUCUGGGUAGAAGAAAUUGAUGAGUGGAGAAAGCUGAAGAACCUGCUAGCAGUUGGUAAAUCAGGGAGUUCAAUUUUGACAACUACAAGACUUGCCAACGUUGCUCUCAUGGCUGAGACAAUGGAGUCUUAUAACUUGGAUUGUCUUUCAGAUCAUGUUUGUUGGUCAAUUUUCAAGCAAUUGGCUUUUAAGGAAGGUGAGGAUGGCAGAUAUCCGAAUCUUCAUGCUAUUGGCUGGUGCAUUGUUAAGAAAUGUCGUGGUAUCCCACUUGUCGUGAAAUGUUUAGGGAAUUUGUUAAGAAGUGAGAGGGACGACCGAGAAUGGCUACGAAUUUGUAAUUUGGAUAGUUUUACUGAGCUAAAUCAACACUAUGAUAAAGUCUUGCAGCUUUUAAAAUUAAGUUAUGACAAGCUUCCCCCUCAUUUAAAACCAUGUUUUGCUUUUAUGUCAUUACUUGUAAAGGAUGUAAAUUUUUUUACGACUAUUAUACCAUAUAUGUGGAGUGCACUUGGUUUGUUGCCACUAGAAUAUAGAAAUAAGGAUAUUGAAGAUUUGGGGUACUCUUACUUCUUGCAAAUGGUAUCGAAGUCCCUUCUUCAAGAUCCGAGUCCUCACGUUAAUGGAAUGUUCUGCUUGUGUAAAAUGCAUCAUCUUUUGCAUGAUCUCGCUGUGAAAAUACUGGGUGAAGAGUUAGUAUUUAUUGUUAAUCCAGAUAAGCUGAUAGUUUCAGAAUUUGCAAGGCAUAUUGUUUGGGGAUACGACUGUACAAAUACUCUAAAAGAUCAAGGAUUUCCUACUGAGCUUCUCAAAGCUAAGAAAUGCAGAACAUUCCGAUUUGGUUAUCCAAUGAAUCAGCAUAUAAGUCAAUCCUUUCUUGAGGGGAUCAUAUCUCAUUUCAGUUGCUUACGCAUAUUAGAACUUCAAUAUAGUUCGUUUGAGAAGUUGCCAAGUUCGAUUGGGAACCUAAAGCACUUGAGAUAUCUUGACUUGUCAUAUAAUCCUAUCAUUAAAUCAUUCCCAAAUACAAUAUGCAAGCUCUUAAAUUUGGAAACAUUACUUGUCCACGGGUGUGAGCAGUUAAAAGAGCUGCCGAGGGAUGUACAUCAACUACAAAGCUUAAGGAAUUUCAUGGUGACAACUUGCCAAGUGAGUUUAGGGAGUAGAUUCAUGGAAUUGAGUUCUCUACAAUCCUUGUCUUUUCAUUCAUGUAAGAGAUUGAUAUCGUUGUGGGAUAAUGGUAAUGUUGGGCACCUCACUUCCCUGCGAAGCUUGUUCAUUUACGACUGUCCAGAAUUAACAAGUCUUCCAAACAGUAUCAAGUACCUUCAAAAAUUACAAAUAAAGAAUUGUGAAGAGCUAGAUUUUGACAAGGGGGAGGGCCUUGAAGGCCUCCAAAGCUUGCGAUUAUUGUACAUCAGUAAUCUGAAAUUGACAAGGCUACCAAAUGAUAUACAAUCAGCUGCAGCUUCUCUUCAACAUCUCUCAGUCGAGAAUUGUUUAGGUUUGGUGGAGCUUCCAUAUUGGUUGCAUCGUUUUGCCUCUCUUCGUACCAUUGAAAUUAUAUAUUGUCGUAACUUGUUGAGUUUGCCCAAGACAAUUAGCCACCUCAUUUCUCUGCAAGAACUCAAAAUCAAGGGUUGCCCGCACCUAUCAAAAAGAUGUGGUGUACCAGGCGGAGAAGACUACUCGUUGGUACAACAUGUCCCCAAAUUCGAGCUUGAUGAAGUUUGUUUUCUUACAAAGUAAAGUCAAUAAAAAAGAUUUGUUGCACCAUUUUCUCAACUCUCCUGUUGGAGAUAAGUUUUGGUCUCAUUGCUGAGUACCUGAAGAUGAGUGUUUUACUUGGUUGGUGAAAAGCAAUGGCUAGACUUAUUUGAAGAUUGAAGGCAAAAUGUUCAAGGAAAAAACCGUGUACAUGCGGAUGUCUUUGUUGAUGUGAGUCAAGUCGUGUUUCUAUAAAACAUAGUGGUUGAUGCUAUUAUGUUAUCUAUCCUUUAAACGCUUUCUAGAGAGUUACAUGGUUUUAUCUUACUCAAACUAAGGGUAUUACGUGUAACCAAUUUUAUAGUCCGUAGCUUUUAAUUUUGUUUAGUUGCUUGUUUGUUAGGGCUUAAUGGUUUCUUCCAGUUGCAUAAUUUAAUUGAUAGGCCAAUUUGAUAUCAUCAAUUAAGCUAUUAUGGUUUCAAGUUGUGUUAAGCCCUGUUUGUUUCACGGUUGGGAAACAAGUUCAUUGUACUUAUGAAGUGGUUAUUGUAAUAA